AUGUCUGAUACCCCCCAACCUUCCACUCUCAAGUCCGUCGUCGACUCCGCCUCCGGUGCUGUCCAGAGCGCUAUUGGCAGUCUUACUGGAAACACCAGCGACCAGGCCGCCGGCGACCUCAAGAAGCAAAAGGCCGAGGCCGAGCAUGAUGCCUCCCACGCUACCGCCAAGCUCCCCGGUGCCACCCUCUCUGGCUCCGGUGCCGCCGCUAAAGAUGACCCCAACCGCACCGAGGGUUCUUGGAACCAGACCGCUGGCUCCGCUAAGGAGGCCGUUGGUGGAAUCAUCGGCAGCGAGUCCCUGAAGAAGGCUGGCCAUGAGCAGAAUCUCGAGGGUAGAAACCAGGAGGCCAAGGGUCAGCUCAGCGAUCUCGGCGCUGGCAUCAGCGACCGUGUCCAGGGUACUUUUGGUGGUGCCGUCUCUAACCUCACCGGCAACAAGGAACAGGAGGCUCACUACGACGAGCUUCGUGCUGAGGGCAAGACCCGCCAGCGUGGUGUUGAGCACGACCUCCAGAAGCAGGCCGAGGCCGAGCGUCGCGAGUAA